CCCUCAGAUUGGACAUUCUUCCGAGGACAUUGUUAUAAAUACAGCAGAGAAGUAAGGAAAAUCUGGGAAGAAGCUGAAGCUGCAUGCGUUGCUGAUAAAGGUCAUCUUGUGGAUAUAAACAGUGUUGGGGAAAAUGAAUUCCUUGUGAAUCUUAUGAAUGCGGUUUUGGUAUAUAUAUCUGAUGCUUGGAUUGGGUUGAAUGACAGAGAAAUCAAUAACACCUAUGUAUGGGUAUCAACUGGAAAAAAUGUUACAUAUACGAACUGGGGUCAAUACCAACCUGACGACGUUGUUUGGGCACACGCCUGUGUACUAAUGGACAAACGUAAAGGACAAUGGGACGAUAAGCGAUGCUCCUAUUCUAGACCCUAUAUAUGCAAGAAAGACAAGGCUUCUCCUAAGCCCACCAGCAUGACAAGAGCUAAGGAAUGGAGCCCUGAGGUAGAGGAAGCAUGGAGAUUCCAGCUUGCGGGGUACCGAGAUGAAUUAGAUUACAAAAAUGCGAAAAAUCCUGAAGGGGCAGAGAGAUGGCCACAGAAUGGAUAUGUGAAGAAGUUGCAAGGAAGAGAUGGACAAUGGUACUACUAUAACAAAGGGAGAGAACUCAUGGACAAAGAUAUACCAAAAUGCAUACUUUAUGUCUACUGAAUCUCAUUAAAGACACUUUUUCAGUCAUGAUCACUUGCCAUUUUGUUAAUGUGUGUCUUAAGUAUUAGAUAAAGGAAAUAGCUCGAUUCUGUUUUGUUCAUUUCGAAGAGAAAAAUCAAAAUAGGGAGGAAGAAAAUUGAUGAUAUGUGAAUGCAUAACUUGAUAAUAUUACUUACAAAUAGCAUUAUCUAAUUACUAUGAUAGAAGGGAGAAAAAGCAAUAUAUAGACAAGUCUUUUAAAGGGGUAUCAAAAGAUAUAAGAAAAUAUAAAUCAGUGUAAUAUAAUUUGAGCUGCGCCAUGAGAAAACCAACAGUGCAUUUGCGACCAGCAU